UGAUGAGUUAUUUUCAGAUGGGGACAGUGAGGUGAGGUUUAAUUAAAACAGAGAAUAGAUGAGCAGGAUGUGUGUGGGAGGGGUCUCCUGCGGGUCACGUGGUCCGGGCCUUUGUUGAUGUGAUUCAGUGGAGAGAGAACAGGAGGACAAAAAAAAAAAGUCCCGGUCCGACCGACCGACCGCAUCCGUGCAUCCUCCCCGGCUCACACUCGCUCCGCUUCGGCUUGGAUGCUGCUGGAAUCCCCUCCGGACCUGUUUCUGGAUCUUUUUCUCCGCGGUGUUCCGCGGUUCUCCUCGCCGGUUUGAGUGCGAGGCGGCGGGGCUGGGGGAUGGAGGCUCAGUCCGGGCUGUGAGCAGACUGGUUUUCAGGGGGUGGCGGAGGUGUGGGGGUCGGUGUGUGAAGCCCCAGGCCCUGCUUUUGCUUUGUUAUCCUGGGCUUCGUUUUGCAACCCUCCUUCAGGCUUUCUCGUCGGUUUUUUUCCAGCUUAUUUCUCCUCAGUUUCAGCAUGAAGCCUUCCUCCUGAGAGCCGCUGGCAGGGAAACACAUGGACAACAGGAGGAUUUAAGGCUGUUUCUGGCUGCAGGCUUUGAUUAUUCUUGUUUUUCUGCGGCGUGUUUUUGUACUAAGAGGUUUUAAAGCAGGACUCCAGAAAAACAGAUCAUUUUUGUUUCUGUUUUUCUUUCUCUUUACCUUUUUUAUCUUCUUUCUACUCAUCUGUUUCUCUUUGUAUACCUCUUAUCUAUCUCCACAUAUCUGUUUCUAUCUCCAAGCCUCCUUCACCUCUUUAUCUUUCCCUCUUUAACUCUCUACAUCUGUCACCUUUCAGUCUCUACCUCCAUCUGUCUCUCCCUCCCUCCCUCCGUCCCUCCGUUCCUCCAUCAUGGCUCCGGUGUGCCGGUUAUCCCGGUGCUCCUGGUGCUGCUGCCUGCUGGUUCUGCUGGCUCUGCCCGCCGCCCGGAGCUCGUUCCCCCGCAGCGGAGGCAGCAGUGGGGACUGCGGCCCCGGGAAGGCCGACUGCCCAGAUCUGUCAGAGAAGAAGAGCGACCUGCGCGUGUGCGACGCCGGGACGUGUCGCUUCGGAGGAACCUGCCGCGAGAACGGAGCCGACAUCAAGUGUGUCUGUCAGUUCCACUGCCCUAAGAAGUACGUACCCGUCUGUGGGUCCAAUGGAGACACAUAUCAGAACGAGUGUUUCCUCAGGAGAGCCGCCUGCAAGAAACAGAGAGCCAUCACCAUCCUGUCAGAGGGACCCUGUUACCACGACGGCGGUUCAGGAUCUGGUGAUGGAGAUGACGAGGGUUCCGGUCGCGGUAAAAAGGUCUCGAAAUGUGGAAACUGCAAGUUUGGAGCCGAGUGUGACGAAGACUCUGAGGAUAUGCUCUGCAUGUGUAACAUCGUGUGUAACGGCCACAACGACAACCCGGUGUGCGGCGGCGACGGCGUCACCUACGACACGCCGUGCCACGUCCGCGAGGCGUCGUGUCUCAAACAGCUCAAGAUUGACAUCAAACACGUGGGACGUUGCCAAGAUAAGAGCAGGAAGGAUGACAGCAUCAAGAUGAAACCAGACAUCUACGCUGUGUCCAAACCUGGCGAGGGGGAGGGGUUUGUGGACAGCCCCGCCCCCUGUCCUGAAGACUACUUCCAGUUCUGUGAUCACGGCCAGUGUGAGAUGAGACACAACCUGCCCACCUGCAGGUGUGAGGCGGCGUACGGUGGUACUCAGUGCGAUCAGCUCCUGGACUUUAACAUCCUGUACGUGGUUCCCAGCGGUCAGAAGCUGCACUACGUCCUCAUCGCCGCCAUCAUCGGAGCCGUUCAGAUCGCCGUCAUCGUAGCUGUGGUCAUGUGCUUCACCAGGAGGUGCAACAAGACGAAGCGAGGCCGGAGACAGAAGCAGCACCUCGGCCACUUCCCGUCAGGAACGUCCUCCAGGAUGAUGUAGCUGCUCUUCUUUUUUUUUUUUUCCUCUCGUUUUUAUUAAACACAAGAAGUUUUUCGUACCACACAGACAGACUGCAUUUUUGAUAUCUCGACUUUUUUGGUGCCUCUUUUGUUUUUCCCUUUUUUUAAAAAAUAAUUUUUUCAAUUUCUUAAGGGGCCUUAUUUUUAAGAUUUUCCUCCGUGUUCGAUUUCCUUUUCUGUCUGGACAGUUUCGUCUCUUCGCUGUCUGCAGAUGACUUUUUGUUUUCCAUCAGACAGACGUACAGUUUGUUUUCUGUGUUCGUCAUGACGCUGCCGUCCACUCAGACUCUGAAACACUGUGGAUCCUCUGACGGGAGACAGAAACACUUAUUUAUCUGAUUGUAUCUUCACUCUGGACCGUCCACCUCCAAAACUGGGAAAACAGAUUUUCUUUUUGUUUUGAACCCUGUGGGACGCAGACUGAUGCUGUUUCUGUGUUUUUGUUUAGAUUUGUUUAGACUAGAAAUGUCUAGUUUAUGGAUUAUGGAAGAAAAACCAAUAAUAACAUAACAAUAAUAUGUGAUCUGAAUUUAUGUGGUUUGAAUUCCCCCUCUUUGAAAUUUCUAAAGUUUGUUUAAAGUGGAGCAAUUUCAGAACAUCUGAAUUGGAAAAUGUUAGUGUCCAGCUUUCAAAAAAAAAACUCUCUCUGGUCAGAUUGGAUGAGUUAAAUAAAUACAGACACUAAAAUUCAAGAUGAAAUAUUAAAACUUAUCAUACAUGAACAAGAUCUGAUCAUCUAUUCCUGCAAAAAUACAAGAGGAAGAGGAUUCCUGGGUAGUCCAGGGAAUAACUGGACAGACAUUAAACAUGUCAGUGCUAAAGUCUCAGUGAUAUUUAAAUUUUAACAUGAAGUAUUAAGUAGUUUACUUAUGAGAUUCAAAUUAUUAAUAUUUUUGCUUCUAUAUUUGAGAUACACUUUCAUCCUGCUGCAUAAAACUACAGAUUCUUUGCAGCACAGCGUGUUUAAGACCACGUGGACUCUCGAGAGUUUUAGCAACUUUGGAAAUUUAAAGUUGCAAUAAACGACAUUCAGCCUCACUAGAUGUCAGCCAACAACUAUUUGCUAUGUAAAGAUCCUGAGCAGAGAAUGAAGUCACGCUCCCUCUGUGUGUGUUUUAUAAUCUGAGCUUCUCUCGUCUUUGUUUUGGUCGCCGGUUUGGCCGCGUGUGCAUGUGAAUGCAUGUGAGCGUGCAUGUUAGUGCAUGUGAGUCCCUUGCUGUGCUCCCGCAGCUGUUUCCAACAUGGCGGCCGCGUCACAAACUUUCACAAAUUACAGCUAUACAGUUCACUAAGAUGUGUUUCUGAAAACAUUUGAGGCAGAAACAGAAUAUUGAUCCAUAUCUGAUCAGCUCUGCCUAGUUUGAUCUGAGUUUCAUGAGCCAUCGGUUCAGGAGCCGCUUUCUUUUUUUUCCCAACUUUAUUGAGUAAACAACGCACACGUUAAUUUUGGUCUGAGAUGCUGGUGCUAAUGCGACACCUAGUGAGGCUGAAUGUCAUAUAUUGCACCUUUUUUUAAAAAUGUACCUACAUGUCUGUCUGCUAAUGUAAUAUAACGCCUUAAUCCUCUAGGGGGCGCUUUGUUCUGGGAUUACAGGAUUAUCAGGGACCACUGAAGCCCUCUUGGGUUUUUUUUUGCAAACUUCAAAUGUUCUGUUUUGCUGCGUCUCACAGGGUCAAAAACAAUCUUUUAUGUAACUUUGAUAAACUUUAUUUUCCUCCUUUUUUUUGUAUUUGUUAUGAUGACAUGCACCUGAAAACCAAAAUGCUGUUUUUUCUACUGCUUAAAAUAAUGAUAAGGUACAAGCUGACAUGUACAGGUUGUUGUUAUAAUUAUUUUAUUGCUUAAUUUUCAGAUGACGCCAUUCCGGAAAUGGAUUCCAAUGUUUUUUUUGUGUGUUUACACAAGCUGAUGAUAAUUUAAAUGACUUUGUUUUUUGGUCGAGUUUCUUUUUUUUUUUUUCUUUUUUUUUUUUUUUAUAUAAUUUGUAACAAUGGUACGAAAUGUCCGUGUUGGUUGUUUUUUUUGUGGUAGAAGGAGUAGACUCAAUAAGCUGGGCCGAGGUUCCCUCAAGCAUCGCUGCUCUGACAUCAGAUUUACUCGACUCUUUGUUCAGAAAAACAAACACUUGUAACUGGAGUGAAGCUGCGGUCUCAGUCAUGUGAUGCUUGUGGGAAACCAGCCUGAUUUUACUGUAGAUGUUGCAAACUGCAUGAACCAGUGAAGUUGAUGUUUAGACUGUGCUGUAGUUGAACUAGAAUUAAAUUAUGAUGUUCUUCGAAA